CGGCGUGGGCUUCCCGCUCGGCCGCCGCGAGUGAGGAGCCGGCCAGGAGCACCCGGGGGCUGCGCCUCCGUCUCGCUUCUCUGGCGCGCGCGGCUGCAGCUGCAGCCUUGUCCCUCAUCCUCCCCUUGAAGAUGGAAAAGAUGCUGGUGGGCUGCUUUCUGCUUUUCCUCGGACAGAUCCUCCUCCUCCCUACUGAAGCCAGGGAGCGAAGACCCAUUUCUAGAGGGAGACAUGCUCGGACCCACCCCCAGAUGGCUCUCAUGGAGAGUUCCUGUGAGAAUAAGCGUGCAGACCUGGUGUUCAUCAUUGACAGCUCCCGCAGCGUCAACACCCAUGACUACGCAAAGGUCAAGGAGUUCAUUGUGGACAUCUUACAGUUCUUGGACAUUGGCCCUGAUGUCACCCGAGUGGGUCUGCUGCAAUAUGGCAGCACCGUCAAGAAUGAGUUCUCCCUCAAAACCUUCAAGAGGAAGUCUGAGGUGGAGCGUGCUGUCAAGAGGAUGAGGCAUCUGUCCACGGGCACCAUGACAGGACUGGCCAUCCAGUACGCCCUGAACAUUGCAUUCUCAGAAGCAGAAGGGGCCCGGCCCCUGCGGGAGAAUGUGCCUCGGGUCAUAAUGAUUGUGACUGAUGGAAGACCCCAGGACUCGGUCGCCAAGGUGGCUGCAAAGGCACGGGACACAGGCAUCCUCAUCUUUGCCAUCGGUGUGGGCCAGGUGGACCUCAACACCCUGAAGGCCAUUGGCAGUGAGCCCCAUGAGGACCAUGUCUUCCUGGUGGCCAACUUCAGCCAGAUUGAGUCAUUGACUUCAGUGUUCCAGAAGAAGUUGUGCACUGUCCACAUGUGCAGUGUCUCGGCGCAUAACUGUGCUCACUUCUGCAUCAAUACCCCUGGCUCCUAUGUCUGCAGGUGCAAACAAGGGUACAUCCUCAACCCGGAUCAGAAGACGUGCAGAAUCCAGGACCUGUGUGCGGUAGAAAACCAUGGCUGUGAGCAGCUCUGCGUGAACGUGCUGGGCUCCUUCGUUUGCCAGUGCUACAGUGGCUACACCCUGGCCGAGGACGGAAAAAGAUGUGUGGCUGUGGACUACUGUGCCUUAGAAAACCACGGAUGUGAGCAUGAAUGUGUAAAUGCUGACAACUCCUACUUUUGCCAGUGCCCUAACGGAUUUGCUCUUAAUGCAGAUAAAAAGACAUGCACAAAGAUAGACUUCUGUGCCUCACCAAAUCAUGGAUGUCAACAUGAGUGUGUUAAUACAGGCGAUUCCUAUUCCUGUCGCUGUUUGAAAGGCUUUACUCUGAAUCCUGAUAAGAAAACCUGCAAAAGGAUCAACUACUGUGCACUGAACAAGCCAGGCUGUGAGCAUGAGUGUGUCAACACUGAGGAGGGUUAUUACUGCCGCUGUCGCCGGGGAUACACCCUGGAUCCUGAUGGCAAGACCUGUAGCCGGGUGGAUCACUGUGUGGAGAAGGACCACGGCUGUGAGCAGCUGUGCCUGAACACUGGGGAGUCCUACGUCUGCCAGUGCUCGGAAGGCUUCCUCAUCAACGAGGAUCUCAAGACCUGCUCAAGAGUGGACUAUUGCUUGCUGAGCGACCAUGGUUGCGAAUAUGCCUGCGUCAAUACUGACCGAUCCUUCGCCUGUCAGUGUCCCGAGGGACAUGUGCUCCGCAGCGAUGGGAAGACCUGUGCCAAAUUGGACUCUUGUGCUUUGGGCGAUCAUGGUUGUGAGCAUUCAUGUGUAAGCAGCGAAGACUCUUUUGUCUGCCGAUGCUUUGAAGGGUAUACGCUCCGUGAAGAUGGGAAAACCUGCAGAAGGAAAGAUGUCUGCCAAGCAGUAGACCACGGCUGUGAACACAUGUGUGUGAGCAGCGAUGAGUCGUACAUCUGCAAGUGCUUGGAGGGAUUCUGGCUCGCUGAGGAUGGGAAACGCUGUAUAAGGAAGGACAUCUGCAAAUCGACCCACCAUGGCUGUGAACACAUUUGUGUUAAUCAUGGCGAUUCCUAUACCUGCAAAUGCUCAGAGGGAUUUGUUCUAGCCGAAGACAGAAGACGGUGCAAGAGAUGCACGGAAGGCCCAAUUGACUUGGUCUUUGUGAUUGACGGAUCCAAGAGCCUUGGGGAAGAGAAUUUUGAGAUUGUGAAGCAGUUUGUCACUGGAAUUAUAGAUUCCUUAGAGAUUUCCCCCAAAGCUGCUCGAGUGGGGCUGCUCCAAUAUUCCACACAGGUCCGCACAGAGUUUACCCUGAAAAACUUCAGCUCGGCCAAAGACAUGAAAAAAGCUGUGGUCUACAUGAAGUACAUGGGCAAGGGCUCUAUGACUGGCCUAGCCCUGAAGCACAUGUUUGAGAGAAGUUUUACCCAAGGAGAAGGGGCCAGGCCUCUUUCCGCCCGGGUGCCGAGAGUGGCCAUCGUGUUCACAGACGGACGGGCUCAGGAUGACGUCUCCGAGUGGGCCAGUAAAGCCAAGGCCAAUGGUGUAACUAUGUAUGCUGUUGGGGUAGGAAAAGCCAUUGAGGAAGAACUGCAAGAGAUUGCCUCUGAGCCUACAAGCAAGCAUCUCUUCUACGCCGAAGAUUUCAGCACAAUGGCCGAGAUAAGUGAAAAGCUAAAGAAAGGCAUAUGCGAAGCUCUGGAAGACUCAGGUGGAAGUCAGGAUUCCCCAGCAAGGGAAUUGCCAAAAAGGGUCCAUCAGCCAACAGAAUCUCAGCCAGUCACCAUAAAUAUCCAAGACCUACUUUCCUGUUCUAAUUUUGCAGUGCAACACAGAUAUCUAUUUGAAGAAGACAAUCUUUCACGGUCCACACAAAAACUUUUCCAUUCAACAAAAUCUUCAGGAAAUCCUUUGGAAGGAAAACAUGAUCAAUGCAAAUGUGAAAACCUUAUAAUGUUCCAGAACCUUGCGAAUGAAGAAGUAAGAAAAUUAACACAGCGCUUAGAAGAAAUGACACAGAGGAUGGAAGCCCUGGAAAAUCGCCUGAGAUACAGAUGAAAAUUAGAGAUGCUCUACAUUGUUUGUAUGCCAUGGUAUCCAGGAUUACAGUGAAAGCUGUUCAGGGUCCCAAAGUUCAAGCUAUUAUUGAUUCUGUAAAGUAAAACAUAACAAGUACUGAGAAAGCUGGUUUGCUAUAGAAUGGGCCAAAGUAAGCACUAACUUGUGUAAAUUUGAGAGAAAAAAAUCCUGAAUCCUAGAAUGUUUACCAAGAGAAUAAGCUAUGCAAGGUAUUCUGUAACAUGCUGUAGACAGGAUUUGCUUUUGUCUCCUCCUGCCUUAGAGUUGUGAUCUUAUUUGACUACAAAAUGAAAGUUUGCAGUCUUACUUCUCGAGAACACUGGCCACAGGAAAAGCUAUUUUUUGUAUUGGAAUUUACCUUGAUAUAUGUAUAUGGAUGUAUGCAUAAAAUCGUAGGACAGAUGUACUUGUAUAACAAGUUGAAUUUUUAUACAGUAUUAAAAUGCACCAUUUCAGAGAA